AUGCCAAAAGUUGAGAAGAAGACCGACAACCGCCAGUGGAUAUGCUCUGAAUGCCCCAAGUCUUUUGGUAGGAAAGGAGACCUUACUCGACACGAACUUUUACAUCUAGGAGUAAAGCCUCACGUUUGUACAACACCAGGGUGUGGGAAGGCUUUUUCUCAGUACUCUGGUCUCAAAACGCACCAGAAUGUCCAUACUAAGGCCAAACCGUAUGUCUGCCAACUAGAUUCGUGUAAUGCCUCCUUUGGAGACCCAUCAUCCUGUGCUCGCCAUCGCAAAGAAACCCAUCGUCGAGUCAGCGGUUAUUUUUGCCCCGUUCCACGGUGCAAUUCCAGAAUAAAGCGUCGCUCUGCUUUUACUUCGCACAUCAAAAGGCAUGGAAUCGAUCCGGCGACUCUCGAUAUCGACAGUUAUGCACCACCGCUGCUGCCGGUUGCUGUCCCAGUUCCUCGAAGCGGAAGAUCUUCCCGCGACCAAACAAUUGUCCCACAUGUUGAUACCAAAGCCAAUGUCAAGGUUCCAGAAAGGCCAAAGUUUAACGAGGCUGAAAGAGACCUCUACCACUCUCUUCGCACAAAUACUACUACCAACCUGGAUGAUGUUGGGCUGUACGGCAGUCCAUACAGUAGACAAUUUGAGGCAUACCAUGGACCCUAUCCGUCCAGUUUACACCCUUCCGUCACCUCGACCUAUUCUCACCUUACCUCUCCGAAUAGCGCGUUCGAAUACAACGUCGACACAGGGCGCAGGUUGGAAGACCUUUACAUCGUGGACUCUACUAUGCGGCGAAGUGCUUCUAAUGUCAACAUUCACCGCACACCACCGUCUUCCCCUUCUCGGCACAUUUUCACUUCAGCGCUUACCCCCGAGACAUCCUCCGGAAGGGAUCUCCAAACUGUCAACAUUACGCACGGAUCUUUAACAUUCGACCAUUUCUCAUUCCCAGCCUCUAGCAGUGUCUUUGAGCCUGCUCAUAAGCCAUACGGCAAUGUUACUCAUGAUGGCAAGCUUACUGACAUGAGUCCCUAUUACAACAUUCCAUCGUCUGAGACGUCAUGGACCUUUGUUUGA